AUAGAACUACUGGCGUCCCAUUGCUCGCGGGAGCGGAGGCUGCUCUUGGGCGAGCCGGAGCUGGAGCGCUUCAGAGACGAACGUCGUUGCACGAGGCAAGGCCUUGCGGGGAGGGCGAACUGAGCAACCAACAAAAGUGGUUCUGCAGAUCUGCUCCGCCACAGAGCAAUAGAACCCACCAGAUCAACUGAACGGGUUCUCUUCGGGGCAACGGCGACGAGAAGUCGUUCGCCUUGUCUGCUCCUGACACGAGCAUCGCUGGCAGCUCGCCGCCACUCGCCCGUCGUUGCGAUCGCCGUCUUAGAGUCUAUGAAGCGUCGAAGCUGCAUCCAGAGGCCAGACGGUGAAGAACAAUUCAGGGCUAUGCUCUUGUGCCAUCGGAGCCGUUGCUGGCGGGACGACUGGCGUCGGGUGGAGCGUUACGGAGAGCACUCCUUGAUCGGCCCUCGAAUGACGCUUCGUUUCGUUCAAGCGAAUGAUGCGCUGCGCAGCCUUUUGCCUUCUUUCGCUGUCCACUGGAUGGACGGAAACCUGCGUGGUGAAGUUGCUUUUUCCUUGUUCGCGCCCACAGGUAUGCUCUCCGCUUGUUCUGCUCGGUGUACACGACUCGAGCGCCAGAACAUUGCCAACCUCUUGCGCGCGCUUCUGUCGUCGUCUGAGUGAGCCGCGGACUGCUUGCAAGCUUGGAGUGAGCCCAGCGCGCUCACGACUAUGGGAACAAUUGGAGCACCGCCUUGCGAAGAAGCUGCUGCCUUGUCGCCCAAAUGUCAAACCAAAUCUCUGGCGUGGUAUGUUGAACGUCUGCUGGCUCGCAAACCACCCGCGAAAUGUCUCUCACCGUACCGAAUUACUUCAUCCAUACACGCCACGAAUCGAAGCACGCGGUAGCGACACCUGAGUGGUUGUGCCGUCCCGCAUUCUUGCUCCGCCACCAUUUCACUAUCGCUCUCUUUGACUGAUACGUCCAGCGGAAGCAGCUACUUCGCUAUUUUUUCACCUCGGGCCACGCCGGCGGACUGAAGGCUUUUAAGGGCGUCUGUUGAAUCUUUGUCCUCUUCGCCCUGCUGGCAUUCAAACUUUGCACAGCUUAGCUCUCUCACCGCCCAAAUUCGCAAAAUGGCCGACUGUCACGGAAGGGCGGGGCGUCGCCUGUGGGUGGCAGAGUCGACGUGCGAAAGCCGCGAUUCGACAUGAAGAAGACUUUUGUGCAGAGAACACCCGUAUAAGAGCAUGGUCGAAGUCGAGCAGUGUUCGCAUCAGCAGCACCGAGCAACGAGCACACCAUCGGAUUCUCUUCCUUCGCAGCAAUAUCUUCAUAUCAUCCGGCCAGUCAAGGUCCUCAAGCACAGAUCGCAGUGUCAUCCCGAAAGAUCAUGGCUAUUAGCAAGGUCGACAACGAAGGCGUGCCGAGCGAAAGCUCUUUCGACAACCUCUUCCGCGGUGGAGUUCAUUUCGCACGCCGGCAUCAGCCCAUAUGGAAGUGCUGCCAAUGUGAUGAGGACGUGUUUAUCGGUGACAUCUGCGUCUGCGGCCACCGACACUGCAUAAAUUGUUCGUAAAAGAGAGGCUCUUAGUCGUUGACUAGCGUCUGCUGCUGUGCGAAAACGGUGUGCAGAAGAGACGGAGGGGGGAGCUAUCGACAUCGAGACGGCGUUCUUUUUGAUUCCUGGAUCGCUUAAAGCAUAGGUUGACGGCUGGAAUGAUAGAUUGGGUAUCGGAUGAAAGGUUGGGGUAUCGAAUGGUCGGUGGAUGAUGGACGAUGAACGACGAAUAUGAUUGCGAGGCUUGUGAUGACAAUUAAGAGCGAGAAGCGCCUAUGACACAAAUUCUUUCUUUUCUUUUCUUUACUUUACUUUUGCAUUUAGACCUGGGUAUCUGUUACAAGGCUUCAAUCGCUCAUAGAGAACGGAAGACAUGGGGGGCGUCACUUGGUUCUGGGCUGUCCUUCGCUUUUCCCAUAUCAUCACGGCGCUGAUAGUCAAAUUUGAUUAG